AACCUAGCCUCGCGCCUGCAAAGUCCCCGGCUCGCGGGCAGCCACGAACCUCCGCCACUGCCUGGUCUCAGUGGGUGCCUGCGCCCGGGCCUCACCCGCCUGCCCAGGUCGUCCCGAGGCUCGCUCUGCCGGCAGCCGGUGCUCCACGGCGCUGCCCAUGGCCAAGCCCGAAAGCCGACUUCGGGCGCCAGACCUGCUGGAAGGUGGCGCGGCUCAGUAAUUGGAAGCCUGCGACACCCAUGUGUCACUGAUCUGGAGGCAUCCCUCGCGGCAGCGCUUCAUGACCCAGUGGCGCCCCGCCCAGUGAAGCCACCGUGGUGUCCAGCAUGGCCGCGCUGCUCUUGGGCGCGGUGAUGCUGGUGGUCCAGCUCCAGCUAGUGCCUUCCCGCCCCGCCGUGCCCGGGGCCGAGCUGGGCCAGCCGGAGCUUGUGAGGAAAGCGGCGACCUCGCAGGACGAGAUCUGGGAAGGCGCGGCCCCCAACGGCUCCGCGCAGCAGCUGCCGCAGACCAUCAUCAUCGGUGUGCGCAAGGGCGGCACACGCGCGCUACUGGAGAUGCUCAGCCUGCAUCCCGACGUGGCGGCCGCAGAGAACGAGGUGCACUUCUUCGACUGGGAGGAGCAUUACAGCCAAGGCCUGGGCUGGUACCUCAGCCAGAUGCCCUUCUCCUCCCCGCACCAGCUCACGGUGGAAAAGACCCCCGCGUAUUUCACGUCGCCCAAAGUGCCUGAGCGGGUCCACAGCAUGAACCCGUCCAUCCGGCUGCUGCUCAUCCUGCGGGACCCGUCAGAGCGCGUGCUGUCCGACUACACCCAAGUGUUCUACAACCACAUGCAGAAGCACAAGCCCUACCCGUCCAUCGAGGAGUUCCUGGUGCGUGAUGGCCGGCUCAACGUGGACUACAAGGCUCUCAACCGCAGCCUGUACCACGUGCACAUGCAGAACUGGCUUCGCUUCUUCUCGCUGCGCCGCAUCCACAUCGUGGACGGCGACCGCCUCAUCAGGGACCCCUUCCCCGAGAUCCAAAAGGUCGAGAGGUUCCUGAGGCUGUCGCCGCAGAUCAAUGCCUCGAACUUCUACUUUAACAAAACCAAGGGCUUUUACUGCCUGCGGGACAGCGGCCGGGACCGCUGCUUACAUGAGUCCAAAGGCCGAGCGCACCCGCAAGUCGACCCCAAGCUCCUCAAUAAACUGCAUGAAUAUUUUCACGAGCCAAAUAAGAAAUUCUUCGAGCUUGUCAGCAGAACAUUUGACUGGCACUGAUUUGCGAUAAGCUAGGCUUGGAACCUUUCCUAUUGUAAGUUCUAGUGUACAUCUAGGGGGGAAAGAGAAUUUUAAAAGGGCAUUUAAGCUAUAAUUUAUUUGUAAAAUCCAUAAAUUACUUCUGUACAGUAUUAGAUUCACAAUUGCCAUAUAUACUAGUUAUAUUUUUCUACUUGUUAAAUUGAGGGCAUUUUGUAUUGUUUUUCAUGGUUGUUAACAUGUGUAAUAUGUCUCUAUAUGAAGGAACUAAAAUAUUUCACUGCAAAAAA